AUGAAAGCAGGCAUCCUCGUCAUCGGACCUCCCGGCGCAGGCAAGACAACGUUCUGCAAUGGGGCACAGCAGGCGAGCUCUUUACAGUUCCUUGAAGGGAUGCAGAGGCCAGUUUCGAUCGUCAAUCUCGAUCCUGCAGAGAUGUCGCCGUCCUACGAGCCUGCAUUCUCCAUCUCCGAGCUCAUCACGCUCAAAGAGGUCAUGGACACUUUCGGCCUUGGACCCAAUGGCGGCUUGCUCUAUGCCAUGGAGUACCUCGAGAAGAACUUUGAUUGGCUAGAAGAAAGCCUGGCCAAGCUCGGCAAGGAUCCUUUCGUCGUGUUCGAUCUGCCCGGUCAGGUCGAGCUCAGUACAGACCAUCAAUCGCUCAAGCAUCUCACUUUGAAGCUUCAAAAGCUUGGCUUUCAACUUGGCGUCGUCAGCAUGGCCGACUCUUACCACAUCACCGACGCCUCGAAAUAUGUCGCACUACUGCUGCUGUCGCUCAAGAUGAUGGUUCAGAUGGAGCUGCCGACGAUCAACGUCCUGAGCAAAAUCGAUCUCGUCUCAAAGUACGACAAGCUGCCGUUCAAUCUUGAGUUUUAUACCGAUAUGCAGGACCUAUCCUUUCUAGAGACAGAGCUCAAUAAGGACCCUCGAGCUGCACGCUUUGCUAAGCUCAAUCAUGCCGUCUGCGAGCUCAUAGAGGACUACUCCUUUGCUCACACCGGCUUUGAGACCUUGUGCGUCGAGGACAAAGCGUCAAUGGCAGCACUUUUUCAAGCGAUCGAUCGCGCAAUAGGCUACAUUCCGCCGGGCGUACAUGCACACGACCGUCUAGCCGGACAGGAGCCGGAAGAUCUUCGUCUGACGGUGCAGCCGGCAAUUACAAGCAACGUGGGCGACGUGCAAGAGCGAUACGUCGACUUUCCAGAGCUCCACAGAGCGCACGAGCUUCAAGCCUGGCAAGCCGAGGGCGACGCUGCUAUCGAUCGAGCCAAUGAGGCAGAGCGUAGCAACAGGAUCAUUCGAGCCGAAUGA